CGAGUAUCAACCAAAGUGGAUCCGCUGUGGCAAUCUGGUCGUCGAGAAAAAAAAAUCGUAACGCAAAUUUCGAGUAACAAGAUUGUGCAGUAUGGCUAGCGCGACCGCGAUGAAUUUAUAUAAUAAUUAAUAAAGGGCGCGUUCGAUUGUUAAGGGAGUAAAAAUAUUGCGGUAGGUGAGGAUUCGGAUUCGAAACGGAUGGAGUGGUGACAAAAAAGUGUCGAGAUGGUAAUUUUAUCGCUGUUCGUGCUCUUUGUUGUUGCGAUUUAUCGCUCAGACGGGAUCAUAAGUAAAACGGAAAAGCAGAGACACGACGGCUGGUUUAAUAAUCUAGCCCAUCCAGAAUGGGGUUCCGUAGACAGCCAUUUGAUAAGAAGAGCGCCGGCGGCCUAUUCGGACGGCGUGUACAUGCUGUCGGGCCAGAACAGGCCGAGCCCGCGCAAAUUGAGCAGGCUCUUCAUGAAGGGCGCCGACGGGCUGGGCUCGCUCAGGAACAGGACGGCCCUGCUGGCGUUCUUCGGGCAACUGGUCACGUCGGAGAUGGUGAUGGCCAGCGAGAGCGGCUGCCCCAUCGAGAUGCACCGCAUCGAGGUGGAAAAGUGCGAUGAAAUGUACGACGAGAGGUGCGAGGGCGGCAAGUACAUACCGUUCCACAGGGCUAGCUACGAUGGUAGAACGGGGCAGAGCCCCAACAGCCCCAGAGAGCAGGUAAAUCAAGUGACGAGUUGGAUAGACGGGAGUUUCAUAUACAGCACGAGCGAACCUUGGGUGAAUACCAUGCGUUCGUUUAAAAACGGCUCGUUUCUUACGGACGCUUCGGGGAAAAUGCCGGUGUUGAAUUACAUGAGGGUGCCGCUUUUUAACUACCCCGUGCCGCACAUGAUGAAAACAUUCAGCACCGAACGGCUAUUUUUGCUAGGAGACGCUCGUACGAAUCAAAAUCCGGCCCUGUUGACCAUCAGCGUGCUGUUUUUCCGCUGGCACAACGUCGUAGCGUCCAGGAUAAGCAAGCACAAUCCAGACUGGAGCGACGAAGAUGUCUUCCAGAAAGCCAGGCGCAUCGUCAUCGCCACCUUGCAAAACAUCGUGCUCUACGAGUACCUGCCGGCCUUCCUGGAGGCGGAGGUGCCCCCGUACGGGGGCUACAGGCCCGACGUGCACCCCGGCGUGACCCAUGUCUUCCAGAGCGCCGCCUUCCGGUUCGGGCACUCGCUCAUACCGCCGGGGCUCUACAGGCGGGACUCGCGGUGCAACUUCAAGAGGACCCCCGCCGGAGACGUCGCCCUGAGGCUGUGCUCCACCUGGUGGGACUCCAACGAGGUGCUGACGAACAAUUCCAUCGAGGAGCUGCUGAUGGGGAUGGCUUCGCAACUGGCGGAGCGCGAGGAUUCGCUGCUGUGCUCGGACGUUAGGGAUAAACUGUUCGGGCCGAUGGAGUUCUCCAGGAGAGACUUGGGCGCUAUUAAUAUCAUGCGUGGCCGUGAUAACGGCUUGCCGGAUUACAAUACAGUACGAGUCGCGUACGGCUUGCCCAAAAUCGAGCGAUGGGAGGACAUCAACAGGGCCUUCUUCGAAGAGAACCCUGCCGUCCUGAAGGCCCUAAUCUCCGAAUACAACAACAACAUAGACAACGUGGACGUUUACGUGGGCGGCAUGCUGGAGAGCUACGGGAACCCCGGCGAGCUGUUCACCAAAGUCAUCAAAGAGCAAUUCCUGCGCUUGCGCGACGCCGAUAGAUUCUGGUUCGAAAACGAGGAAAACCAGGUGUUCAGCAAAGAGGAAAUACAGGAGAUUAAAAAAAUCACCCUAUACGACAUCAUCAUCAACAGCACCGGUAUAUCCCCGAGCGCCAUACAACGGAACGUUUUCUACUGGCAAACCGGCGAUCCCUGUCCCCAACCCAUGCAACUCAACAACUCCCUGAUGGAGCCCUGCAAAGUCAUCACCGGCUACGAUUACUUCGAGGGUAACGAAUUGGUGUUCAUUUACGCCUGCCUAUUCCUCGGCUUCGUGCCCAUACUGUGCGCAGGCGCCGGAUACGGAGUGGUGAAAUUACAGAACAGAAAGAGGCGCCGGCUGAAGAUCAAGCAAGAGGAACUCAAAAACGGCGACGUCAAACUACCCGUCGACACCAUGAUAGUUACCGAAUGGCUGCACGCCAGCCACAAGCGGGCGGUGAAGAUCAAAUUCGGGCCGGACGUGGCCGUGCACGUGCUGGAGCGGAAGGGCGAGAAACUGCGAACGAUCGACCUGCGGCACGUCGACACCGUCGUCGUGGAGGAAUCCCUAAACGUCACCUCCAACAAGAAACCCAUCGUGCUGUUGCACGUGCCCCGCGACUACGACCUGGUGCUCGAAAUGGACUCGGUCGCUUCCAAGAAGAAAUUCAUGCACAAGCUGGAGACGUUCCUCAAUUCCAACAAAAAAAACCUGUUUUCCACGCCCAUCGUGAGAGAAGUGUUGCUGGCCAAGGCGGAGACGCGCCAGCGCAGAGAGAGGAAGCUGGAGCACUUCUUCAGGGAGGCGUACGCGCUGACGUUCGGCCUGAAGCCGGGCGAGCGUCGGCGCCGGUCGGAUCCGAGCGUCGACGGGGAGGUGGUGACGGUGAUGAGGACCUCCCUCACCAAGGCCGAAUUCGCCAGCGCGCUCGGCAUGAAACCCGACGCCGUUUUCGUCACCAAAAUGUUCAACAUCGUCGAUAAAGACAAAGACGGUCGCAUCUCCUUUCAAGAGUUUUUGGAUACUGUGGUGCUGUUUUCGCGCGGCGCUACCGACGAUAAAUUGCGCAUAAUCUUCGAUAUGUGCGACAACGACAGAAACGGCGAAAUAGACAAGAAGGAACUGUCCGAGAUGCUGCGCUCCCUGGUGGAAAUCGCCCGAACCACCAGUCUAUCCGACGAUCACGUUACCCAACUCAUCGACGGGAUGUUUCAGGAUGCCGGAUUGGAGUACAACAAUUACCUGACCUACGGCGAUUUCAAAGUGCUGAUGCAGGAGUACAAGGGCGACUUCAUAGCCAUCGGGCUGGAUUGCAAGGGCGCCAAGCAGAACUUCCUCGACAUGUCGACGAACGUGGCGCGCAUGACCAGCUUCCACAUAGAGCCGAGCACCGACGACCAGAAGACCUUCGUCCGGCUCAAAUGGGACGCGCUCGUCACCUUCCUCGAGGAGAAUCGACAGAACAUUUUCUAUUUGUUCCUCUUCUACGUCGUCACCAUACUGUUGUUCGUCGAAAGAUUCAUACAUUACUCGUUCAUGACGGAGCACACGGACCUCAGGCACAUCAUGGGCGUCGGCAUAGCCAUCACCAGGGGCUCGGCCGCUUCGCUGUCGUUCUGCUACAGCGUAUUGUUGCUGACGAUGUCGAGGAAUCUGAUAACGAAAUUGAAGGAGUUCGCCGUGCAGCAGUACGUACCGUUGGACGCCAACAUACAGUUCCACAAGAUCGCCGCCUGCACGGCGCUCUUCUUCUCUCUGCUGCACACCGUCGGGCACAUCGUGAAUUUCUACCACGUCUCCACGCAGCCCGUGGAGAAUCUCAAGUGCCUCACCAACGAGGUUCGGUUCCCGGCCGAUUACAAGCCGGGCAUCGCCUUUUGGUUGUUCCAAACUAUCACAGGUAUUACUGGUGUGUUAUUGUUCGUUAUAAUGUGCAUAAUAAUCGUGUUCGCUCAUCCUACGGUACGCAAGAAAGCGUACAAAUUCUUCUGGUUCACUCACAGUUUGUACAUAGCGUUUUAUAUACUGUGUUUGAUACACGGCUUGGCGAGAUUAACCGGAGCUCCAAGGUUUUGGUACUUUUUUAUCGUACCCGGUAUAAUAUUCACAAUCGAUAAGGUGGUUAGCUUACGCACCAGGUACAUCCCAUUGGACGUUCUCGAAACGGAAUUGUUACCAUCCGAUGUGAUCAAAAUCAGGUUCUACAGACCGCCCAAUUUGAAGUACCUAUCAGGACAAUGGGUCCGAUUGGCCUGUACAGCUUUCAAUUACGAAUUUCACUCGUUUACCCUAACAUCGGCGCCGCACGAGAACUUCCUAUCUUGCCACAUCAAAGCACAAGGGCCUUGGACGUGGAAGUUGCGCAACUACUUCGACCCCUGCAAUUACGAUCCCGAAGACCAGCCCAAGAUACUGCUGGAGGGGCCGUUCGGGGGAGGAAAUCAAGACUGGUACAAAUUCCAGGUGGCCGUUAUGGUAGGAGGGGGCAUCGGCGUGACGCCCUACGCUUCGAUACUCAACGAUUUGGUGUUCGGCACGUCCACCAACCGGUACUCCGGGGUAGCCUGCAAGAAGGUCUACUUCCUGUGGAUAUGCCCUUCGCACAAGCACUUCGAAUGGUUCAUCGACGUGCUGCGGGACGUUGAGAAGAAGGACGUUACUAACGUGUUGGAAAUUCACAUUUUCAUAACGCAAUUUUUCCACAAGUUCGAUCUGAGGACGACGAUGUUGUAUAUUUGCGAGAACCAUUUCCAAAGGCUGUCGAAAACUUCCAUAUUCACCGGUUUGAAGGCUGUUAAUCACUUCGGAAGGCCCGACAUGACUUCCUUCCUAAAAUUCGUACAGAAAAGACACAGCUACGUAAGCAAAAUAGGUGUCUUCAGUUGUGGACCGAGGCCUCUAACGAAGAGCGUCAUGUCCGCCUGCGACGAGGUAAACACCGCCAGAAAACUGCCCUAUUUCAUCCAUCACUUCGAAAACUUCGGAUAAUUCCUUUAUUGUAAUUAAUUCGUACACACAAAUUAUUUAUUUAAUAAAUUAUUUUUAAUCAAUUGCAAAAAUUUGAUCCAAUCUCCCGAAAAGAAAUUCAAUCGGCCAAUUCAACUGGGCCGACAGUUAUUUACGGCGUCCUGAUUUUGGGGCUCGAUAUUCUUAAUUUCCUCGUACAGGGCCCGUUCGAAAUCCAACAGUUGCUUAGGUUUCUGAUAUGCGAUAAUCAACGUGUUGAAUUUGUGAGUGAACGACACGUUGGCCUGCUCCAGCAUGAUAUUCAAUCUGGAAAGGUCCGGAAUGGGGAGUUUCUUGAAAUACUUUUUAUUGCUCGUCCUGACGACGAGGCAAUGUUCGUCCGUAUCCGCCGUUACGGUAUACGUGUUUACGGGGUAAGGCAAAUUGCGAAUCCUCCAUUCCAAGUUAGUUUUCGUGUUCCUUCGGGACACCGUCGGCUGUCCGGAGCUCUCUCUGAUCACGUCGUCUCCUUUACUGUCGUAAUUCGGUUCGGGCUCGCCUAUUUCGAUGUCCCAUUUCUCUUGGUUCGAAAAUUGACCGGUGCAUUUCCACGCUCUUCUGGUCAACACGCCCGUAUCCAUGUUGUACUCCUCCACCAGCUCCUGUCCCGUGUUCAACUCGUACCUCACUUUUUUUAGAUUCUUGUCUAUUAUGCUGGAUUUCUUGGCGGUCUUCAAAAGGCUCAACCAGUCGGUCAUUUUUCACAAAUAAAUGGACACAACGAAAGUUUUAUCGAUAUUUUGUUUGGAAACACGUUUCUGUUUAUGUUUGAAAUUGAAUGUGUCAAUUUCAUAUGU